AUGAAAGUGAACGCUGUUCGUUUUGUGCUUUCGUUCCUUGCAUGCGGGACAGUCAUCCCACCGCGAUGGGUCGUUGCGGAACCGACGGACUCAUCCGGAGAGGUCGGCUUCCCUCCGUUGCUCGACCCGGACGACGUGGCUUACUUUUUCGCAAACGACGACCUCGACGGUCUCCACUGGGCCUUGACCAACGUCUUUCAACGAUCCCUCCGGAACCCCAACGCGACUCGACGCGGAGGGGAGCAACUCCCCGCCACGCUCGUCGCGCGGGGUGGCGGGUCGACCUACACCACCGCCUACAAACUCCAACACGAUCUCGAACAAGCACUGUAUCUGGCCGAGACUCUGGCCGAUCCCGAACAGGCGUAUUUCUUCCAACACACCGUCGUUCCCAAAUACAGAGAGGUACUCGAUCGGAUACCCCCACUGGAAUCCUUGACCCGCACCGGUGGCUUGUACCCCUUUUCACCAGACGAUGUCGACACGGUCGGAUCCAUCUACAACAAAGCCUGGCACCAAGCCAACGUCCAUGAAUCCCUUCCGCUGGAUGCCCAAGGCAGGCCGAAACCCCUCCUCAAUCCCAAUUUACUAUUAAACUCUCUGCAACAGCAGUGGCUCGGUAUCCCGACGAAAUCCUCCGACAACCGUCCCCACCCUGGUAUACUGGUCGUCGACGACGUCUUGACCGAAUCGGCCCUCCAAGCCAUUCGCCGUAUCCUGUGGGAUUCCACCAUUUGGUAUCAAACCAAGCUGCCGCUGCAAUUUGGUGGCUACGUUGGUGCUUACAUUGAUGACGGCUUACACGACCGCCUCCUCCUCCAACUCGCACGGGAACUGGCCCGCGCGUUGCCCCGCAUUUUUGAAUCCCAUCCACUCCGCUAUCUGUGGGCCUACAAGUACGAUUCCAACUAUACCGGGAUUAAUCUACACGCGGACCAAGCAGCGGUCAAUGUCAAUCUCUGGGUUACACCGGAUGAGGCCAAUCUGGACCCCACAUCCGGGGGUCUCGUGGUAUUUACGGCCAAGCCCGACGCCACGAUGGACUUUACCGCCUACAAUACCAACACACAAGCCGUGGUGGAACAACUCCUCGCUCCCACCGACUUUGCCAACGUCACAAUCCCGUACCGGUCCAAUCGCAUGGUUCUGUUCGAUUCGGCACUAUUUCAUCAAACUGACACCUUUCGCUUUCGCAAAGGCUACCGAAACCGACGUAUCAAUCUGACGUUUUUGUACGGAACCAUGCAACUGGAAAGGGCGGAGUUGUCGUCAGCUGAUACCGAACUUUAA